AUGGGUGUAAGUAAAUUAGAUGUCUUGUACCGAAAGCUUCUCCUCACUAAACUUUUCAUCAGAGGAUGGGGAAAGCCAGAGGAUCUGAAAAGAAUAUUUGAAUUCAGAAAGAUUAUUGGGGACAGGGAAAAAUGCCAGACGUUGGUCUCAAAGGAUUACCCAGUAUUCAUUGACAAGGUUGAGGGGCAAUCUGACUGUAAAAUCCUUGAGGGGCACUUCAUUUCCCCCCUGGCUCACUGUGUCCCAGGUAUCCUGCCAGUUGAGUCUCUUGUAGCAAGAUUUCAGUUCAUCAUACCCAGAAGAUGGAACAGCAAGCACAGACCUGUGUGCAUUCACUUAGCAGGCACUGGAGAUCAUCACUUCUGGAGGAGACGCACACUGAUGGCUCGGCCAAUGAUUAAAGAGGCCUGCAUGGCUUCCCUCUUGUUAGAAAAUCCUUAUUAUGGCUGUAGAAAACCCAAGGAUCAAAUACGGUCAUGUUUAAAAAAUGUCUCGGACCUGUUUGUGAUGGGAGGAGCUCUAAUUCUAGAAUCGGCAGCUCUUUUGCACUGGCUAGAGAGAGAAGGCUAUGGACCGCUAGGGAUGACUGGAAUAUCCAUGGGAGGACAUAUGGCUUCACUGGCAGUGACAAACUGGCCUAAACCAUUGCCAUUGAUUCCUUGUCUUUCUUGGUCGACAGCUUCUGCAGUCUUUACUACGGGUGUGUUGAGCAAGGCAGUGAACUGGAGAGAGCUGGAGAAACAGUACUUUACACAAACUGUUUAUGAAGAAGAAAUCAUUCAAAUGCUUGAAUACUGUGGAACGGAUUCUUUCAAGAUGGGACAAGACUUUGUUAAGAACUUCCCUGAUAGUGUGGACAGUCUGGAGGAUGUGGAUGUGGCUUCCAGAAUAUUCAACCUCGAGUCCUUGAACAGUACUGUAUCUAAAGAAGCUGUUCACAGCUUUGCCACAAAUAAAAGUACUCUAAGUGUCUCUUCAGAAAGACUCUUAAUACAAGAUGCUCCUAAAAUGCAGUGCAUAAAUCAAACAUUUUCAACCAGUAGCAGUAGCAAUAAUGACUUCACCAGCCCACAAGGACACAGGAUGAAUACAAGAAGGAGUGACACUCUACAGAGAGAAUCCUUAAGGUUCAUGAAAGGAGUAAUGGAUGAAUGUACCCAUGUAGCUAACUUCUCAGUUCCAGUUGACCCAAGUUUAAUCAUAGUUGUCCAAGCGAAGGAGGAUGCAUAUAUUCCUCGAACUGGGGUACGGAGUCUGCAGGAAAUCUGGCCAGGGUGUGAAAUCAGGUAUCUGGAUGGAGGUCAUGUCAGUGCCUACCUCUUCAAACAAGGACUCUUUAGACAAGCGAUUUACGACGCGUUCGACCGCUUCCUUCGGAAAUACGCCGUCUGA